CUUGCAUUGAUUCUGAACUCUACGAUCACAGUUCACAAACUUCCAGUCAACACCAUGGCACCAUCCCUUCACCCCGCAACCCGGGCAUUGCAUGCAGAUGAUUCCCUCACCCGGGUCACGGAUGUUGCGCCUCCAAUUCAUAUGUCUACCACGUUCAGAUACCCGGAUGACCCCGACAGUCUAGUUCUGUCCGUCGACCCCGUGGAAGAGUUCGACGGCAAAAACUUCAUCUACUCCCGCGAAUUCGCCCCCAACUCCACCCGCUUUGAAGCCGUUCUUUCAUCUCUCCUCCACGGCCAUGCCAUCAGCUACUCGACCGGCCUAGCCGCCCUCCAAGCCGCCCUAGUCCUACUAAACCCCCGCCGCAUAUCCGUCGGCGAAGGCUACCACGGCAGCCAUGAAGUCAUCUCCAUCAUCUCGCGACUCUCCGGCCUCGAAAAACUCCCCCUCGACUGUCCCGCCGACAGCCUCCACAAAGGCGACGUCAUCCUCCUCGAAACCCCCAUCAACCCUCUCGGAACCUCCUUCAGCAUCGAAGAAUACGCCCAAAAGGCCCACUCCCGAGGCGCCUACCUCAUCGUCGAUAGUACAUUCGGACCUCCGGGUCUCCAGGACCCGUUCGUCUGGGGCGCGGAUCUCGUUCUACACUCCGGGUCGAAGUACUUCGGCGGCCAUAGUGAUCUCCUCUGUGGCGUGCUCGCUACGCAGCGCGAUGACUGGAAGAAACAGCUCUUCGAAGAUCGAAUGGCGUUGGGGAGUAUUAUCGGGAACAUGGAGGCAUGGCUUGGUCUUCGUAGUCUGCGUACAUUGGAGGUGCGGGUGCAGCGAGCGAGUCAGGGGUGUGGGAGGCUUGUUGCCUGGCUUCAGCAAGCUUUAGACACUCCAUCUUCUGCUUCUGGGAGUAACGAGCAUGCUGUUCAAUCUGUUCUGCACAAGAUCUAUCAUACCAGUGUGCAAGAUGAACCGUGGGUUCGGAAGCAGAUGCCGAAUGGGUUUGGGCCUGUUUUUUCAAUCGUGUUGCAGAAUGAGGAUUAUGCGCGUCGGUUACCGAGUCAGUUGGCUUUGUUUCAACAUGCGACUAGUCUUGGAGGCGUGGAGUCGUUGAUUGAAUGGCGGGCGUUGUCGGAUUCGAGGGUCGAUCGGAAAUUGUUGAGGGUUAGUAUUGGGUUGGAGAAUUGGGAGGAUUUGAGGAUUGAUUUGUUGGGGGCGUUUAGGGCUGUGUUGCGGGGGUAGGAACUUUCCUUUUACUUGGCUUUGGGUGAGAAGCAUGUGUUUAAAUUAUU